AUGGCAACCCGAUGGGGAAUCUGUGGCGCGGGGAAGAUCAGCCACGACUUCAGCGUGGCCAUGAAGACUCUGCCUGCCGGCGAUCACCAGAUAGCAGCCGUUGCGGCGAGGAGCCUGCAACGAGCACAGGAGUUCGCCAAGAAGCACGGCGUUUCCAGGGCUUACGGCAGCUACGAGGAGCUGGCCGGUGACCCGGAGAUUGACAUGGUGUAUCUGGGAGUGCUGCAUACAGAACAUUGGCGCGUGGGCCUGCUCUUCCUGAAGGCGGGGAAGAAUGUGCUGUGCGAGAAACCCUUCGCCAUGAAUUCCAGGCAGGUCACCGACCUCAUCGCUGCCUCCAAGAGGAGCAACGUCUUCCUGAUGGAGGCUAUCUGGUCCCGCUGUUUCCCCGUGCACGCCGAGGUGCGCAGGCUGCUGGCGGAGGGGUCGGUAGGGGAUGUGAAAUUGGUAAAGGCCUACUUUGGCUCCCCUCAACUCCACAUCCCACGCUCCGUGGAGAAGGAGCUGGGCGGUGGCGCUCUGUUGGAUAUCGGGGUGUACUGCUUGCAGUUUGUGCUGAUGGUGUUCAACGGAGAGAGGCCACAGUCCAUCCAAGCCACCGGCGUCCUGCUGGACUCAGGAGUGGAUGAGUCCAUGGUGGUGGUGAUGAAGUUCUCUGGGAAAAGGAUGGCCUUCUGUGCCUUCUCCAUUGCUGUUCCACUGCCAAAUGAUGCCACCAUCAGUGGCACAAAUGGUACCAUCAAGGUACUUGGCCCUAUGCAUUGCCCUACCUCCCUGGUAGUGAAGGGAAAAGAGACACAGUAUGCCCUGCCUGAACCCUGCUUGCCUCUGAAUUUCACCAACAGCACUGGGCUUCGCUACGAAGCAGAGGAAGUGAGGCAGUGCCUUCUCAAAGGACUUAAAGAGAGCCCACGAAUGCCUCUGUCCGACUCUGUUUUGUUGGCGGAGAUCAUGGACGAAGUCAGAAAACAGGUGGGAGUUGUCUUCAGUCAGGACAGCCAGUGA